AUGCGUUACUUUCGUGAUAUCGUCUGGAGAGAUGCACGAGGUUCAAAAUUCCUCGAGGAAGCCCAUUUACGCUUAAAGGAAGACCUGUCACUAGAUGAAAGAGCGGCUCAGGCCAAAGCGUGGCCUUUAGAAGGCAAAAAAACAUCAUUCGCUAAUGCCUUUUUCUUACAUCAAAGGUGGUGUGGUCCCUGUAAAAUUCUUGGUCCACGGCUGGGAAAGGCCAUCGCCAAACAGAAAGGUCGGAUCGCCAUGUCCAAAGUUGAUGUCGAUGAGCACACAGAUCUCGCCAUUGAGUACGGGGUGUCGGCUGUUCCCACGGUGAUAGCGAUGUGGGGCGGUGAUGUCAUCGACCAGUUUGUGGGCAUCAAAGAUGAAGACCAGCUGGAUUCUUUUGUGGAGAAGCUGAUUGGACAGUAAAGCUGUCAGUCACUGCACA